AUGUCCGAUCUCCCAGAACAGGUCCUGCUCGGUUGUGGUAACCCCCUGCUUGAUAUUCAAGCCGUCGUUGGCAAGGAUUUUCUCGAUAAAUGGGGCCUUAAAGAGAAUGAUGCCAUUCUCUGUGACGACAAACACAAUGCAAUGUUUGAUGAGCUUAUUGAGAAGUUCGACGUGGAGUAUGUUCCUGGAGGUGCAACCCAAAAUGCCGUGCGCGUUUGCCAGUGGAUUCUCAACGUGCCGAACCGAGUGGCAUUCUUUGGAGCCAUCGGUAAUGAUAAAUAUGGUGAUAUGUUGAAGUCCAAAGCUAGAGAAGCUGGCGUCGAUGCUCAAUAUCAGAUCAAUGAAAGUGUAAAGACCGGUACAUGCGCGGCACUCAUCCACAAUCAGCAUAGAUCACUGUGUGCUCACCUGGCUGCUGCUAAUACCUUCACGAUUGACCACCUGUUGAAGCCUGAAAACGCCGGAAUCAUCGAAAAGGCACAAUAUUACUACAUCGCUGGUUUCUUCCUCACCGUCUCUCCUCCAUCAAUCAUGCACGUGGCGGAGCACUCUUAUAAGCAUGGCAAGACCUUCAUUUUCAACUUGGCGGCCCCUUUCAUUUCGCAAUUCUUUUUCGAGCCGCUCCAUGCAGUUAUGCCCUACGUGGACGUUCUCUUCGGCAAUGAAGAUGAAGCGGCAGCGUUUGGAAAAGCAGCGGGUUUCGAUACAACCGACUUGAAGGAGAUCGCAUUGAAGACUGCCGCAUUGGAAAAGAAGUCAUCAACACCUCGCACGGUGAUCAUCACCCAAGGUGCAGACCCUGUGAUCGUGGUCGUUGGUUCUGAGCUGACGCUGUAUCCGGUGCCAACUAUUCCAAAAGAAAAUAUCGUCGAUACUAAUGGAGCCGGUGAUGCAUUUGUGGGAGGUUUCCUUUCGCAGUACAUUCAGAAGAAGGGAAUUGAGGAAUCCAUAAAAUGUGGCAAUUACGCGGCUGGUGAGAUCAUUCAAAAGCAUGGAUGCACUGUGCCGUCUCUAUGCAUAUACCACUGA